AUGACGUCACUUACCAUUUUGUUAUUUCUCGGAAUUUUCUUGUUCUUCGGAUGCAAGGUCGACGGCAAAGGUAUUAUUUUUUUUUCUAUUUUAUAACGAUAAAAAAAUAAUUGAAAAAUAUCGAAGAGGAGUUAUCAAACUGCGCGAAAAGGUUCUAGUCGUUGGAAUAAAUUUUCGUUUUUAGAAUUUCGGACUUUUUUCAUACAUCGGAAACUGUCCAAAAUUUGAUGAAAAAUAGUGUUAUCAGGGAAUUUUUGUUUAGAUUUACACGCUCUUGUAUUUUUCAUUAGUCAAUGGGUUCUAUUCCACAUUUUCGACCUUGAAUUCUUGAUCGUAUCAUUUUUUUUUUCAUCCGAUUUUCCGAGAAAAUUGUCAUCAUUUUCUGCUACCGUUGGGUCGAGGUCAGAAGACAGGUGUCAUUCCGACGAGAAUUGAUCGUUUUGAACUCGUUUCGCGCUAUUUAAAACACCCCGCCACCCGCAUUUUUCAUCUUUGAUCUCAACUCUUUCGUGGACCCAACUUCUCAGACGGUUGUUGAUCAGCUAGAGAGCGUCAAAAGGGCGGAGAUGCUGAGAUUUUCUGUGUGUCUUUCGGUUGAUUUUCGCUCGAUCUUGGACAUUGGUAACGCGUUCUAGGGAUCACUUAAGAGUUUUGAGGCUACUAGAGUGGUCACUAGAUAUAGGCCAUUCCGCGCCAGCUUGUCACGUUUUUCUUUCCGCCAAAAGGUCAGGUCAAAUUUAACCAACUUUCGCUUCAAGACCUUUUUUUCUUGCCGUUAUAAAAGCAGAAAUUUGAUCUAAUUCGGUAUACGGUCUUUUUGGCGGGAAGGAAAACGUGACAAGCUGGCGCGGAAUAGGCUAUACGCCUCAACUCGUUCGUUUUGCGUUACCAAUGUCCGAGAAGUAGUGAUCUUCAAAAAGUUCAUUACCGUUUGAUUUUUCGAAAUAUUGCUCAGAUUAUCAGCAAACCUCUCAUCUGUGCACACUAUCUCUUUAGUCGUUUCAAGACUCUUUCCUUUUAAAUUUUUUUUUUCUCUAGUCUUUGUCUCAUAAUCACAUAGUUUUCAUGACAAAUUGUGUUUUAGUCCGAUUUUGUAAACAAAAAACCAAUGGGGUUAGGGGGAAAAAAUCCGAAAAAGUGGUCCCUGUAGGAGUUCAGCUUUUGAAGCUCAAGGGGUCCCUAUAGGGGUCGUUCAAUUUAAUUCAAAAAAGGGCUUUUUCUUUAGUUUUCCGCAUGGGAAUGCUUCUUCGCCUAGAGUUCAUAAAAUUAUCGACUCGCAUAGGGACCCUAUAGGGACCACUUUCGCAAGCUUUGGUGGCCCCUAUAGGGGUUGGUAAAGUGGUCCCUCGAAAGGACUCUCCAAGGGCCUUAAAGUUGCCCCUAUAGGAACCACUCUAGAGCUCCUAAGAUCUCUGAUUCUCUGAAAUUCAGUUAUAUUUUUCACUCUCUGAUAUCUAUUUUGAAUGCCGCGAAAUCACUUUGAACACGGCAAGGAGUCGUUUUGCGCACUUUUCUAAAAAAUAAAAAAGUGUUAUUAAAAAAUUAUAACGUUACAAACAACAUCAAUUUCCGAUUUCUAGCCAAUUUCAGACAACUUUUCUUGAAUUUUCGCUUUUGUUACAGAAAUGGCUCCUCACUACAAGUUGUACUAUUUUGAAUCGCGCGGAUUGGGCGAAGUUUCUCGACAGGUGAUUUUUAAGAAAACUAUUUUAUCAUUAAAAAAUUUCGCAGCUGUUCGCCUUAGCCAAAGUCGAGUAUGAGAACAUCAGAAUUCCGAAAGAUCAAUGGCCGACUCUGAAAAAUGGUAACUUAUGGUAUUUAGUUUGAUGUUUUCAAUUUGGUAUAUCUAGAAACCCCAUUUGGCCAGGUUCCAGUUUUGGAAGUAGACGGAGUGAAGAUUCCACAGUCUUUGGCCAUUGCCAGGUACCUCGCUAGGAAGUUCGGUCAGUCAUUUUUGUUUUUUUGAAGUUUUUGAACAUCGGUAACGUAUACUAGACACGCCCGGGACGUUUCUAGUGUCCGCUUUAGUAGUCAACCUCUUAAGUGAUCCCUAAAAUUCCUCAGAAACGUCCGGAAAAGCCCCGACGUAGGGUUUGGGCCUCAAUUCUUAUUGAAGAAAAAUUUUUAGUGACCACUUCAGUAGCGUCCACCUCCUAAGUGAUCCCUAGAACUCCGCAGAAAGGCUCGUAUAAACCGACCUGCCGUGGGAUUCAGGCCUGGAUUUUUUUCGGGAAAGCUUCUAGUGACCCCUCCAGCAGCGUUAUACCCUUAAGGGAUCUCUGAAUUCCUCAAAAAUGUCCGGAUAACUCGCCGAGGGAUUUGGGCCUCAACUUAUUUUUUUCGGGAAGUUUUUUUUUGGAUACUUUCUAGUGACCUCUUUAGUAGAGUCAGCCUCUUAAGUGAUCCCUAGAACUCCCCAGAAACGCCCCGGUAGACCUGCCGUAUGUUUUGUGCCCUCAAUGUUUUUUGGAAAGUCGGGCGGCUCAGAUCAGGCUUUGUAGGCUGACCGGGCCGGCCGUCACACAACCCCAAUCCGAGUCCCUUUCAGGCUACGCUGGCGAGACUCCAGAAGAGGAAGCGCUGGUCGACGCGUUUGCCGACCAGUUCAAGGACUUCUACGUCCAGAUCCACGACUUCUACUACCGGGCUGGUGGAUUCGAACAAGGCGACGUCGAAGAAGCCAAAAAUCGGGCUUUGAUCCCAGCGAGGGACAAGUUCCUUCCACUCCUUACGAAGUUCUUGAGGAAAAGCAAUUCAGGUGAGUCGAAUUGUUCUCGGCGGGGAUUUGAUCGAAUUGUUUAUACCUUUUGCCGAAAAAUUGUUCAAAGUAUCAUAGAAGCUUUUCUUUCGCACCUUGAGGCGCUAAAAUUUCCUUGAAAAAUCAGUGAACUGAGAAAAAAAUCAACGGUUUUCUCCCUAUUUUCUUACCUUGAAACCAACUCUUCUAUCUUUCGGAAAUAAAUUUUUAUGUUUAUCGACUAUAAAUUAUUUCUAUUUCUCCUUCGUACCAUUUUUGUAGCUCAAAAGAAACGUAUUCCAUCGGGGGAGAAUUUUUUCAUUCUGUAUGAUGAGGAAAAAAUACAGUUAGACGUUCAACCAGCUUAGGAACUCCAGAGUGGUCCUAUAGGGGCAGCAUUAGGGGCUCUUAAAGGGCCCCCCCGAAAAACUAAAAAGAAAACCUUUUUUUGAAUAAAAUUGAACGGCCCCUACAGGGUCCACUCAAGCUUUAGGAGCUAAAGGGUCAGACCUAAACCCCUAUAGGGACCACCUUGAGUUUACCCCUACAGGGACCACUUUUUCGGUGUCUUUAGGGGCUGUUUUCCACCUGACCCCUAUAACGACCACUCUAAAAUUCCUAAAAAUAUUCAAUCUCGCUCAAGAAAACUUAGUUUUUGAGCAAAACUUUAAAAAAGAUAUUUCUGAAAGCUCGCAACUCGGGAAUUUUCCGUAUGAGCUUCUAAGAAAACAGCCUCAACUUUCUUUAAUGCAUUCCCAUUUGUCCAGGAUUCCUUGUCGACAGCGGCUUGACCUACGCCGACUUGAUAAUCGUCGACAACAUGACUUCUAUCAUUGGAUGGUACCCUGAGUACCUUCAGAACUAUCCUGAGGUUGGCUCUUUGGAAAAUUUCAAGUUAAAUUUGAAAAUUUCCAGAUCCAAGCCUGGUAUGAAAAGGUCGUCAAUGUGCCGGCCAUCAAGUCCGAGAUUGAGAACCGCCCGAAAACUAACGCAUAA